UUUACAUUUACAUUUAAGCAUUUGGCAGACGCUUUUAUCCAAAGCGACUUACAUUGCAUUAUACUACACAUUUUAUUUCUAAGUAUGUGCAAUCCUUGGGAUCAAACCCACGACCUUGGCGUUGUUAGCGUCAUGCUCUUACUACUGAGCUACAGGAAGUGAUCAGACGUGAACACAUUAAUGCUAUAAUGCUGGGUUCACACCAAACACGAACAAUUGCGUUUCACGCUUUUUAUUACUCGCGGGAAAAGUUCGUUAUUUUCGCGUGAGUGACGCAAGCUGACAAAUAUUUUCAACCUACAGGGAAAAAUUAAAUUGAGCCACUAUGAGCAGAUGGACCAAUUUAAAGAUGUCUUUACUUUUCUGGACCUUGACAACGACUAUAACCAUGAUGUCUAUGAGGAGGCCUGGAAAUCUCUCGGAUGUCACCUAAAAUAUCUUUAUUUGUGUUCCGAAGAUGCCAGGAGGUCUUAAAACAUGUUGAACGUGGAAUCAACAUACACAAACAUGUCUCCAGGUUCUUCAAAGCGAGGAAAUAUAGGUAGUGGUCUGAACCGACACUAUGAAGAAAAGGUGCGUCCCUGUAUUGACCUUGUGGACAAUCUCAGAACACUAGGUGUUGAGAAGGACCUGAACCUGCCAGCUAUUGCUGUUAUAGGUGAUCAGAGCUCAGGAAAGAGUUCUGUAUUGGAGGCGCUGUCUGGAGUGGCACUGCCCAGAGGAACAGGUAUCGUCACUCGAUGUCCACUUGUGCUAAAACUGAAGAAAGUAAAAAAAGAAGACACCUGGCAUGGAUUGUUGUCAUUCAACGACCAACGCAAGAAACUAAAGAAUCCUGCAGAAAUAGAGAAUGCUGUCUUGGAUGCUCAAACAGCAUUGGCUGGACAAGGAGAAGGAAUCAGUCAUGAGAUGAUCACUCUAGAGAUCCAGUCCAGUGAUGUCCCUGAUCUUACUCUCAUUGACCUGCCAGGCAUUGCUAGGGUUGCCACUGGCAACCAGCCAAAAGACAUCGAGAAACAGAUUAAAGAUCUAAUUGAAAAGUUUAUUAAAAAACAAGAGACCAUCAGCUUGGUGGUUGUGCCGGCGAACAUUGAUAUUGCCACCACUGAAGCACUACAGAUGGCAUUCAGAGUGGAUCCACAAGGUUCCAGGACACUGGGUAUUCUGACUAAACCAGAUUUGGUGGACAAAGGCAUGGAGGAGACCGUAGUCAAAACAGUUAACAAUCUUGUGAUACCACUGUACAAGGGCUACAUGAUUGUUAAGUGCCGGGGCCAGCAAGAUAUCAAUGACAAACUUACUCUGGCCAAAGCCUUGGAUAAAGAAAGAAAGUUUUUCGAUGAAAAUCCUCAUUACAGGUCUCUUCUUGAGGAUGGUAAAGCUACAAUACCCCUUCUUGCAGAAAGACUCACUAAAGAACUGGUUUUGCACAUUACCAAAUCACUGCCACAGUUACAGAAACAGCUUGAGAUGAAACUAGCUAAGACCACUGAUGAUCUCAAAGUGCUUGGAGAUGGAGUUCCGCUUGAUCGACAUGAAAGGGACAAUUUUCUGAUUAUGAAACUUCGCCAGUUCAAUGAUGUACUUGAAGGAGUAAAAAGAGCAGAAGAAGACCUACAAAAUUCAGACAUGAGGGUCUUCACCAAAAUCAGAAGGGAGUUUAGCAGAUGGAAACGCCUCCUGGAUGACAAAACUGUUAGGACGGAGGAACACCUUCGAGAUGAGGUUGAAGAGUACAUUAGAAAUCGCAGAGGAAAGGAGCUUCCUGGAUUUGUUAACUACGGAACAUUUGAGAGCAUUGUCAAGAAACAUAUUGAGGAGCUAGAGGAACCUGCUUUAAAACUCCUCAAAGAUGUCACAGAUAUUGUUCACUCUUGCGUGAACACCAUUGUUAGCCAUCACUUCAAGGCGUUCUCUUACCUGCUGAGGGCUGCUAAAGAUCCAAUUGAAGAUCUUCUGGAAGAUGAGUUUCGGAAAGCGGAGGAGAAAGUGCAGUCUCAGUUUAGGAUGGAAAAGAUUGUCUACUCUCAAGACUCUAUCUACAGUCGCCAGCUAGAAGCUGUAAAGCAGCAACCAAGCACAAUUGGCUUUGCUAUUUCAAAGGGAAGGAGCAUCAGUGCCGAUGUACGAGAGAUGGCACAGCACCUCAAUGCCUAUUUAAUGAUCACCUCUGACCGUCUGGCUAACCAAGUGCCACUGAUAGUUCAGUUCCACAUGCUGGAUCAGUACAUAUCUCAGCUUCAGAAUGCAAUGCUUGCCAUGAUUGGAAGGAACAAUGCAGAAGAUCUGCUCAGAGAAGAUUCUGAUGUUGCUAGUAAAAGAAAAGAGCUGAUCGAACGCUUGGGGCGCCUAAAGAGUGCUGGCAAAGUUAUGUCCAAGUUUGUACAUUCUGCACACUGAGCACAGUUUUUUUCAUAUACAGUAGACUACCUUACAGAAGCUUCAGUCUAUGUAUUAGGAUAUGUCAUAUUUUAUUUUGUGUUCCACUGUAGCCAGUUUUAGUUAAUUUGCUAGAUGUAAAGAAAGUUAGAUUAUUCUGAUGUAGACUUCACUGUACCUUUAUUUUCCAUUCAGCUGGCUCUGUUUAGGAGGUUUAUUGGGAAGGUCACUGUAGUCUUGUUUGCUGACCGAGUGCUUGGGGCGCCUAAAGAGUGCUGGCAAAGUUUUGUCCAAGUUUUUAUAUUUUGCACACUGAGCACAGUUUUUUUCUUAUAGCCUACCUUAACAGAAGCUUCAGUCUAUUAUCCAGUCUAUUGUAUAAGGAUGUGUCAUAUUUUAUGUUGUGUUACUUGCUAGGUGUAAAGAAAGUUACAUUAUUCCAAUGUAGACUACACUGUGCCUAGUUAUUUAUUUUCCAUUCAGCUGGUUCUGUUAAGAAGGUUCACCGUAGUCUUGUUAUAAUAUAGCAUAUAUAUAACUGUUGCAUAAAUAAACCAUUUAUCUGC